GCCGAAUUGGGUUUCAGGUCACGUUUCGAUUUCACUGGAUUGGUCAGUUCAUACAUAAUCAGCCUUUGCCUUGCCACAUCAUUCCAGGUUGGUGCGCCCAGAAAUAUCCGUUCGUGCCGUGUUGCCCCGUCUCAUGUUGUGGAGGGAUGAAAAAUCUAUUUCGAGCACGAGUCUUCCCAUUCCCAUAGUAAACAGUACGGCUUUCCCUAGCUAAGCUUCAGCUUCUACCCAAGUGAACUGAUGCUGUAUGUUUGUAUGUGAAAAGGAUACUUCCAGUCAGCCAUUUAUCAACUACCAACAUUCCAAAGAUGCAGGAAAAUAAUCCACAACAAGAUCAGAUAAUCAUGACACCGGGAAAGAGGACGGCAAACUCAACAACCAUUAUGGUGGAAAGACGCCCUAUGGUUAUCAAAGAACAGCAAGAAAAUCUCCAUGUUGCAGGUGGAGCUCACAAAGGAAUUGUCAUCAAUAAAAGUUCAGUUGCAAUGGAGGAUGAUACAACUCCAGCACAACUCUCUCUCGAGUUUUGUGUAUACCUGGUGAAUGCUGCCACAAACAUGCAUACCAAAGAGAGCAGGCAAUUGCGAUUUUGGUUCAAGGAGGUUGUCUCGGAAUGGGAGCAGCCAAAAGUGGCACAGGAAUUCUUCAAGAAACUUGUGGCUCCCUUUGAAUUCCCUAGAGACUAUGUAGGCUUCAUAAAAAAAAUUAUGAAGCUUAUGCAACAAGAUUACCCUACUCUACGAAAAAUAGAAGUGGAGUUAAAGCAACUUGGCCAAUCAAGUCAACCUCCACCGGAUACAGCCAAGCGGGGAACUAUACUUUUAUCGGUGGGAAUAAAGGGAAAAUCUUCUGUAGAGGUUAAAGGUAUUAUGGAUCAGGAUGUGAGUUUAACUGAAAUUGAAGUCACGUCGACUCGCUUGUUGGAAAUGAUUGAAUCGGCGUAUCCCAACCCUCUUUCCGUGUCCGAAAUGGCCAGGCAAACACAGAGUGAAAAACAAAAAGUCUCUUCGCUGCUUUCAGAACUUCAAGCUAGUGGCUUGGUGAAGACUGUGAACGGAAACGAGUCUUUCACGCGAGUCGUACAAAACGAGAAUAAAGUUAAAGUGGUUAAACAAAUGCCGAAAAUUGUUCAAGCGAAGCAGCCCACUAUCGCCAUUAUCACUGCUCAGUACUGUGAAAAAUUGGCGGUCGACGCAAUGAUGGAUGACCAAGAAACUUUCGUGCGCUACACUACAGUCGGUGAAUCAAAUAUCUACACGUUAGGUAACAUCGGCCAGCACAGAGUGGUUUGUACCAAACUUCCCACCGUUGGCCACACACGGGAAGCGUUGAUUGCCUCCGGAAGCACAACAACCCGGCUUUUAGGAACGUUUCAGGCAGUUGAAUUUGUGAUUUUGGUGGGAGUGGGGGGUGGAGUUCCCCAUUACACGGAUUGUACACGCCACGUUCGUCUAGGUGAUGUGGUUGUUUCUUCUCCCAUCCCUCCCAAAAAAGACAUAUAUACAUAUUGUGAGCUGGAGCCAGUAAAGGAAGGACAAACACAAACGAAUCCAGUAUAUGAGACGAAAUCCUGGGCCCCGCCAACUUUCCUGCUUCAAGAAAUCAGUGCACGUUUAAAAGCUCAGGGUGACGACGAUCCGACCCAGGCAGUUUGGGAUAAAUACAUCACAGAAGGAAUAAGUAAACUGUCUAAGGAUGGCGUCAACUUUGCUCGUCCCCCGGAUGAUACUGAUAAAUUAUAUAUGUCUCUUGGAGGCUCUGACGUGAUUGAAGUGACGCACCCGACAGGUUCUUCCGAAAAUGGACGCCAACCAGGAAAGCCAGUCAUUCACCUUGGACCAAUAGCUGCUGGUCGUCAAGUGAGCAAAGACGAUCAGCUCCGGCAAGAUUUUGCAGCCCGUUUUGGGAUAUUAGCUUUCGAUAUGGAAUAUGAUGCAGUCAUUGAAAGCGUCUAUGGUAACCGAAAAGAUUCUUAUUUGAUAGUCCGUGGAAUAGCUGACUACAAGGAUGGUUCAAGGAAAAAAGAUUGGCAACCGUAUGCCUCACUGGCAGCGGCCGCAUUUACAAAAGCCGUCGUCUGUGCAAUGAACCUUUCUAAUGAUGACUAGCGUCACAGUUUGCUUUAGUUAGUGUAA